AUUGUCAUCUCUUUCGUUUUUCUUUCCUCCCUUCUUUUUUCUUUCACCUACGUGUGAAGACAUCGCGUAUAUCACGUCGGUGUAAAUUAAAUAUUCAAUUUUCUAAAAAUGGGUUUCGUUAAAGUAGUCAAGAAUAAGCAGUACUUCAAGCGGUACCAAGUCAAAUUCCGCAGGCGUCGCGAGGGUAAAACUGAUUACUAUGCCAGAAAACGUUUGAUCUUCCAAGACAAGAAUAAGUACAACACACCCAAAUACCGUUUGAUUGUACGUCUGUCCAACAAGGAUAUCACCGUACAAAUCGCCUAUGCCAGAAUUGAAGGAGAUCGUGUUGUGUGCGCUGCAUACUCCCACGAGUUGCCCAACUAUGGCGUUAAGGUCGGUUUGACCAACUAUGCUGCAGCUUACUGUACUGGUUUGUUGGUUGCUCGUCGCAUUCUCAACAAAUUGGGUCUGGAUACCCUUUAUGGUGGUUGCACUGAGGUAACAGGUGAGGAAUACAAUGUUGAACCUGUCGAUGAUGGUCCAGGCGCUUUCCGUUGCUACUUGGAUGUUGGUCUUGCACGUACAACCACUGGUGCUCGUGUGUUCGGUGCCAUGAAGGGUGCUGUCGAUGGUGGUUUGAACAUCCCUCACUCCGUGAAGCGUUUCCCCGGCUACAAUGCUGAGGCUAAGAACUUCAACGCUGAUGUACAUCGUGCACACAUUUUCGGUCAACAUGUUGCCGAUUACAUGCGCACUCUUGAAGAAAACGAUGAAGAGAGCUUCAAACGCCAAUUCAGCCGUUACAUCAAAUUGGGAAUCCGUGCUGACGAUCUUGAAACUAUCUACAAAAAAGCCCACCAAGCUAUUCGCUCUGACCCUACCCACAAGAAGAAGGACCAGAAGAGCGGUGUUGUCAAGAAACGGUGGAAUGCUAAGAAACUCACAAAUGAACAGCGUAAGGUUAAGGUUGCUGAACACAAGGCUGCCUACAUUGCCAAGCUGAAGUCCGAGUCUGAAGCUUAAAUAAGUUUUAGCGGAUUUGUGGGAAAAAAAAUUGGAAAAUAAUUUUCUCUAAAAUUCUAUUAUUAUUAUGAUAAUAAUAUAGGCUUUUAUUUACAGUAAAA